GGACCAGCAGGGUGCUCCCACCCCACCUCCACUGGUGCCUGAUUCCCAGUCCAGGGAAACGGAGGUGCAACGGAAACACCUCCAGGACCAGCAGGGUGCUCCCACCCCACCUCCACUGGUGCCUGAUUCCCAGUCCAGGGAAACGGAGGUGCAACGGAAACACCUCCAGGACCAGCAGGGUGCUCCCACCCCACCUCCACUGGUGCCUGAUUCCCAGUCCAGGGAAACGGAGGUGCCUUUCCCACAUCAAGAAACCCAGGAGACCGUGCACUGCCUUGCCCCAAGAAGGAAAGAAGAGGUGAAACUGGAGCUGCCGACUGAUGGGAUGGGUCCUCGGCAGCAUAGCCCAGCCUCAGUUCCUCAAACGCCUCAGCGACCACCAGAGCCUGAUGUGAUAGUGGUUCCCAUGGUGAAGGACAUACCAUUCCUGGAUGUGGCUGUGAAAAGGCAGCUGGAGCGUCACAUUAUAAAAAUGCAGAUACAGCGGCGCUUUGGACUGCCAACAAAGGUCCUGGCCUAUGAGAAGGACUUCUUAGAACCUAUCCUGGAGCAACAAGAAUCCCAGCCCCUGUCUUCGCAGAGGCACACUGGGCAGCCCUACCGCUCACCCUUCCAGGAGUGGGACAGGUGCACCACAAAGUCAGCAGUGUGGCCCCCUGGUCUGCAGCAAGAGUCUGCAGCCCGGAAGAAUACAUGCACACGAGGGACACAGACACCUGCCCAGUCUGUGCCAGCAGCUAUUCCAAGAGUGGCACAAGGGAUGCCUCAGGAGGAUGGGAAGAGACCACACUGGAAAAGGGAGUCUGGAGGAACAGCCAGAAGCAGCAGCAUGACCAGCAAGAAGACCUUGCCUUGCACCAAAAAGAAGGAUCAGGGCUCUGGGACACAAAGUGAUGGUCAAGGUACUUCCCCUUCCAUCCAGGAAGAGCAGGCACCGCCACUGAGCAAGGGAGCUCCCCAGGGGCAAUCAGAACAGGACUGUGUGAGCCCCACCAUCUCCACUGAGACACAAGAAUUGCAACUGCAGAAGAAUGUUCCCACGGGAGAAGCAGAGCACUCCCAGGAAGGCCAGAGCGGCAUCAGUGGGGAUGUGGGGACACCUGAGCUGCCAUCCAACAGGACAUCUCCUUCAAGAAGUAGUUCCCCACAGACACAACAUUGCUCUGAUGAGACACCCUCAGCUCUGCCAGUGCCUCAAGACUCUGCUGGGACCAGUAUUCAGAUCCCCUACCUGGAAGAGCUGCUCAUGACACUCAUGGACUGCUACACAGCCAGAACGGCUGCUGAAAACCUGCAGAACCAGCUGCUGGCUUUAUGGCUGGAGCAGAACUCAAGCACAGACCAAGCAGCAGAGCCACACGGAAGAUCAAAAGAAUCACAGAAGGGCAAGAGGCACAGCCAGGGUGGAGCUGGCUCCAGGAGACGCUGCCCCAAGUGCAGCAGAUCCCUGCACCACAACCUGCUUGGCAGCGACGACUCCGGGCCUUCAGCUCCAUCUGAGGCUGCAACCGCAGGUGCGGGAAGAGACAGGACAUCAGGAGAGAGGCAUCCACCCAAGGAAAGAGCCAAGAGGAAGCGGGGCCAGAAGGUGACUGCUGCUGACACCCAGCAGCCGGAGGGGAUCCGUGUGUACAGAAAGGUGAUACUGAUCCCUCCAGUUGAGGAGGAGAGGCUUCCAUCCCAGCGAGCCCUUGCCUGGACCCUGCCAUCAGGAGCACGGCGGCUCUCCAGAUGUGCAGCAGCCAGACACAGGAAUCCUAGGACAGAGACACCACCUCUGCCAGGCAGCCUCUGCUGUGUGCUCACCCCCAUCCUCCUUUGCCUUCAGUGUGCCUGGGACACGCUCCGAGAUGCAGGCAAGGCCCUACUUGCCUGCAUCAAGAAGUGAGGUGAGGAGCCUCACGGGAAGAGAACCAACGCUGGAAAGCAGAGUCUCACCAUGGGAUUAGGGGAUUGCUUGGGCUUCCUGCAGAAACGGAAAGCUGCAGUCAUCCCUGCCUGGAGCCACCAGGGAGCAGGAGCUCUCCCAUUAAAUGUGUCUUUCCAAGCGACUUCAUGUGUGUUUCUUCUUUCCUUUGGAGGAGCAGAGGCACCAUUCCCUGCUCACUGCUCGUACCUGCUUGCAUGGGCAAAGUGGGCAGCUCUGUUAGCACCUUUUGGAGGAGAGGCCAGGACUAGGAUGGCACUCCAGGUACCUGAGAGCAGGGACAUAGGGCUGGCCUUCCACCUGAGGCCUUCAGAGGCAGCGUGGGCUGCCCCCCUCCCUGGAAGUCCCCUGCACACCACAGCUACGGUUUGGGUCUGGGAGCAGUGUAGGUCCUUCAGGACAGCAACUGGCAGAGAGAAAGCACGUUGUGUGUCUGCCAGGGACAGAGAAGAUGGAGGCCCCAGUGCCUGUUGUUCUGGCUGCACUAGGACAGGCAGAACAGCAGACAGGCGCCUCUGUGGGCGUGACUUCUGCUUCUUGCUGUGGGAUGGGGUGGGCCCAUCUCCUCCAAACCCCUGCCUCUCCCUUUCAAGGAGGAUCGGGGCUGUGGCAUGGAGGCAGUGACCUGAAAGUCCUGGGAGGGUGCCAGGAUCACAGCCCUGAGCUCUGGGGCUCAGCAGCAGCUCUACUUGCCCUAGCAUGUGCUGAGGUGAGGAAAAGGCCAAGGAGGAGGACAUGAGCAGGAUCCCCAAGCCAUAGCAAGAGAGCAGUGAGAGCUGACAUGGGGGAACACCAGGGAAAAGCUCUUGCAAGUCCCUCUUGCAAGUGCUCUUGCAAAGUCUUGCAUUUCCACACUUACAUUUCACUAAGUGUGGAAAUAUUUAUGACCUUCACUUCCCUAUGCCAAACCAGUAAUUUGGUGCUUAAAAUUCAGUUGAAUUCUCUAAGCUUGGUAACCUGUCCCUGUGAAAGUAGUCAGUGACCAGUGGCCCUGCUUUUAUUUCAGUCCAGGACUUUCCCACUGUUGUCCUUCCCAUUAUCUCCCUGGUACAGCUCGGAAUGAGGGUAAGGGGGUGAGCUGGCUGUGGGGGUUCCUGGCUGCCCAGCCGUGGUGAGCCCUCCACACCUUAAUUCCCUUUUCAGCAAAGGACCAUUGAGUGGUCAUACUCUGGGGAGCAGUGCUCCUCUUGGCUGGGGUGGUCUAAACGGGCUCCCUUGGGCCUUCACCAUUGUCACUGUGUCACCAUCGUUGCUUUGCUGGACAUAUGAGGGCCAUAAAGCGGUUCAUGGUCUCUCAGAAGGGGGAGUGCAGCGCACAACUGGGGGUUCAACCCUACCUAGUGAGAGGCCAGAGGCUUUGCAGGGCCCUGCGCAGGGCCAGCUCUCGGCACUGGGGUGGGCUGGCCAUGGCCCCGCUGCGCUGAGCUGGCCUGGCUGGGCUGGCUGCUGCCUGGUGCUCGGGUGAAGGGCACCUCCUGGGGCUUAGCUCAGCUCGGGGAGGGCCACCUCAUCCCCGCUGUCCCUGCAUCACAAACGUUGCCAUGGCUGAGCGCUGCUGU